GNCCCUGCACUUCGCUGCCUAUGGAGGUAAUGUCACCAUCAUCGAGACAAUAAUGUCACGUGGUUUUGUUGUGGAUUCAAACGAUCAUGACGGCAACACACCCUUACUAUUGGCUGCACAGGGUGACAAGGUUGAGGCGGUAAAUUGUCUAUUAGACAAGGGAGCGGAUCCCUUUGUAAAAGGAGAGUUUGGACGAAAUUCACUGCACUUCGCUUCACAGCGUGGUAAUAUCGCCAUCAUCGAGACAAUAAUGUCACGUGGUCUUCAUGUUGAUUCAAAAGAUGGUGACGGCAACACACCGUUGCUAUUGGCUGCACAGUUUGGCAAGGUUAAAGCGGUAAAUUAUCUGCUAGACAAGGGAGCUGAUCCCUUUGCGAAAGGACAGUUUGGAAGUAAUUCACUGCACUUCGCCUCAACGGGUGGUAAUGUGGCCAUCAUCGAGACAAUAAUGUCACGCGGUCUUGAUGUCGAUUCAGAAGAUGGCAACGGCAACACACCCUUGCUAUUGGCUGCACGGGGUAACAAGCUUUUGGCGGUAAUCCAUCUGUUAGAAAAGGGAGCUGAUCCCUUUGUAAAAGGACAGUUUGGAAGAAACUCACUGCACUUUACUUCAGAGGGUGGUAAUAUCGUCAUCAUUGAGACAAUAAUGUCACGUGGUCUCGAUGUCGAUUCAAAAGAUGGUGACGGGAGUACACCCUUGUUAUUGGCUGCACAGGGUGAGAAGGUUGAUGCGGUAAAUUAUCUCUUAGACAAGGGAGCUGAUCCCUCUGUGAAAGGAAAGUUUGGAAGAAAUUCACUGCACUUCGCUUCAAUGGGUGGUAAUGUCACCAUCAUCGAAACAAUAAUGUUAUGUGGUAUUGUUGUGGAUUCAAAAGAUCAUGACGGCAACACACCCUUACUAUUGGCUGCACAGGGUGACAAGGUUGAGGCGGUAAAUUAUCUCUUAGACAUGGGAGCUGAUCCUUUUGUGAAAGGACACUUUGGAAGAAAUUCACUGCACUUCGCUUCAAAGGGUGGUAAUGUUGCCAUCAUCGAGACAAUAAUGUCCCAUGGUCUUGAUGUGGAUUCAAAAGAUGGUGACGGCGACACACCCUUGCUAUUGGCUGUAGAGGAGGACAAGGUUGAGGCAGUAAAUUAUCUCUUAGAGAAGGGAGCUGAUCCCUUUGUAAAAGGAGAGUUUGGACGAAAUUCACUGCACUUCGCUUCAGAGAGUGGUAAUAUCGCCAUCAUCGAGACAAUAAUGUCAUAUGGUAUUGAUGUGGAUUCAAAAGAUGACGAUGGCAAGACACCCUUGAUAUUAGCUGUAGAGAAUGGCAAUGUUGAGGCGUUAAAUUAUCUGUUAGACAAAGGAGCUGAUCCCUUUGUGAAGGAACGGUCGGGAAGUAAUUCACUGCACUUCGCUUCAACGGGUGGUAAUGUUGCCAUCAUCAAGACAAUAAUGUCACGUGGGCUUGAUGUUGAUUCAAAAGAUGGUGACGGCAACACACCGUUGCUAUUGGCUGCACAGUUUGGCAAGCAUAAGGCGGUAAAUUAUCUGUUAGACAAGGGAGCUGAUCCCUUUGUAAAAGGAGAGUUUGGAAGAAAUUCACUGCACUUCGCUUCAGAGGGUGGUAAUGUUGUCAUCAUUGAGACAAUAAUGUCACGUGGUCUUGAUGUGGAUUUAAAAGAUAAGAAUGGCAACACACCCUUGCUAUUGGCUGCACAGUUUGGCAAGGUUAAGGCGGUAAAUUAUCUGUUAGACAAGGGAGCGGAUCCCUUUGCGAAAGGACAGUUUGGAAGAAAUUCACUUCACUUCGCUUCAGAGGGUGGUAAUGUUCUUAUCAUUGAGAAAAUAAUGUCACGUGGUCUUGAUGUCGAGUCAAAAGAUGGCAACGGCAACACACCCUUGCUAUUGGCUGCAAGGGGUGACAAGCUUUUGGCGGUGAGCCAUCUGUUAGAUGAGGGAGCGGAUCCCUUUGCGAAAGGACACUUCGGAAGAAAUUCACUGCAUUUCGCUUCAGAGGGUGGCAAUCUCGCCGUCAUUGAGACAAUAAAGUCACGUGGUCUUGAUGUCGAUUCAAAAGAUGGUGACGGGAGUACACCGUUGCUAGCGGCUGCACGGGUUGGCAAGGUUAAGGCGGUAAAUUAUCUAUUAGACAAGGGAGCGGAUCCCUUUGCUAAAGGACAGUUUGGAAGAAAUUCACUGCACUUUGCUUCAGAGGGUGGUAAUGUUGCCAUCAUCGAGAUAAUAAUGUCAUAUGGUCUUGAUGUGGAUUCAAAAGAUGACGAUGGCAAGACACCCUUGAUAUUAGCUGUAGAGAAUGGUAAUGUUGAGGCGUUAAAUUAUCUGUUAGACAAAGGAGCUGAUCCCUUUGUGAAAGAACGGUUGGGAAGUAAUUCACUGCACUUCGCCUCAACGGGUGGUAAUGUCGCCAUCAUCGAGACAAUAAUGUCACGUGGUCUUGAUGUUGAUUCAAAAGAUGGUGACGGAUCCACACCUUUAAUAUUGGCUGCACUGAGUAACAAGAUUGACGCGGUAAAUUAUCUGUUAGACAAGGGAGCUGAUCCCUUUGUGGCAGGACAGUUUGGAGGAAAUUCCCUGCACUCCGCUUCCUAUGGAGGUAAUGUCACCAUCAUCGAGACAAUAAUGUCCCGUGGUCUUAAUGUGGAUUCAAAAGAUGGUGACGGCAACACACCCUUGCUAUUGGCUGUACAGGAGGACAAGGUUGAGGCAGUAAAUUAUCUCUUAGAGAAGGGAGCUGAUCCCUUUGUAAAAGGACAGUUUGGAAGAGAUUCACUGCACUUAGCUUCAGUGAAAGAUAAUGUCGCCAUCAUCGAGACAAUAAUGUCACGUGGUCUUAAUGUGGAUUCAAAAGAUGGGAACGGCAACACACCUUUGAUGUUGGCUGCACACUUUGGCAAGGAUAAAGCGGUAAAUUAUCUGCUAGACAAGGGAGCUGAUCCCUUUGCGAAAGGACAGUUUGGAAGUAAUUCACUGCACUUCGCCUCAGCGGGUGGUAAUGUCGCCAUCAUCGAGACAAUAAUGUCACGUGGUCUUGAUGUUGAUUCAAAAAAUGGUAACGGCAACACACCCUUGCUAUUUGCUGCACAGUGUGGCAAGGUUAAAGCGGUAAAUUAUCUGUUAGACAAGGGAGCUGAUCCCUUUGUGGAAGGACAGUUUGGAAGUAAUUCACUGCACUUCGCCUCAACGGGUGGUAAUGUCGCCAUCAUCGAGACAAUAAUGUCACGUGGUCUUGAUGUUGAUUCAAAAAAUGGUGACGGAUCCACACCUUUAAUAUUGGCUGCACUGAGUGACAAGAUUGACGCGGUAAAUUAUCUGUUAGACAAGGGAGCUGAUCCCUUUGUGGAAGAACAGCUUGGACGAAAUUCCCUGCACUUCGCUGUACAGGGUGGUAAUGUCGCCAUCAUCGAGACAAUAAUGUCACGUGGUCUUCAUGUGGAUUCAAAAGAUGAGAACGGCGUCACACCCUUGCAUUACGCUUUAGGGUGUGGCAAGGUUCAGGCUGUAAAUUAUCUGUUAGACAAGGGAGCUGAUCCCUUUGUGAAAGUUAAGUUUGGACCGAAUUCCCUGCACUUCGCUGCCUAUGGAGGUAAUGUCACCAUCAUCGAAACAAUAAUGUCACGUGGUCUUGAUGUCGAUUCAAAAGAUGGUGACGGGAGUACACCGUUGCUAGCGGCUGCAUGGUUUGGCAAGGUUGAGGCGGUAAAUUAUCUAUUAGACAAGGGAGCGGAUCCCUUUGCAAAAGAACAGUUUGGAAGAAAUUCACUGCACUUCGCUUCAGCGAGUGGUAAUGUUGCCAUCAUCGAGAUAAUAAUGUCAUAUGGUCUUGAUGUGGAUUCAAAAGAUGACGAUGGCAAGACACCUUUGAUAUUAGCUGUAGAGAAUGGCAAUGUUAACGCGUUAAAUUAUCUGUUAGACAAAGGAGCUGAUCCCUUUGUGAAGGAACGGUCAGGAAGUAAUUCACUGCACUUCGCUUCAACGGGUGGUAAUGUCGCCAUCAUCAAGACAAUACUGUCACGUGGUCUUGAUGUUGAUUCAAAAGAUGGUGACGGCAACACACCGUUGCUAUUGGCUGCACAGUUUGGCAGGGUUAAGGCCGUAAAUUAUCUGUUAGACAAGGGAGCUGAUCCCUUUGUAAAAGGGGAGUUUGGAAGAAAUUCACUGCACUUCGCUUCAGAGGGUGGUAAUGUUCUCAUCAUUGAGACAAUAAUGUCACGUGGUCUUGAUGUCGAUUCAAAAGAUAGCAACGGCAACACACCCUUGCUAUUGGCUGCACGGGGUGACAAGGUUGAGGCGGUAAGCCAUCUGUUAGACAAGGGAGCGGAUCCCUUUGCGAAAGGACAGUUUGGAAGAAAUUCACUGCACUUCGCUUCAGAGGGUGGCAAUGUCGCCAUCAUUGAGACAAUAAUUUCACGUGGUCUUGAUGUCGAGUCAAAAGAUGGUAACGGGAGUACACCCCUGCUAGCGGCUGCCCGGGGUGGCAAGGUUGAGGCGGUAAAUUACCUAUUAGACAAGGGAGCGGAUCCUUUUGCGAAAGGACAGCUUGGAAGAAAUUCACUGCACUUUGCUUCAGAGGGUGGUAAUGUCGCCAUCAUUGAGACAAUAAUGUCACGUGCUCUUGAUGUCGACUCAAAAGAUGGUGACGGCAGUACACCCUUGCUAUUGGCUGCACAGGGUGAUAAGGUUGAGGCGGUAAAUUAUCUCUUAGACAAGGGAGCUGAUCCCUUUGUGAAAGGAAAGUUUGGAAGAAAUUCACUGCAUUCUGCUUCAAUAGGAGGUAAUGUCGCCAUCAUCGAGACAAUAAUGUCACGUGGUCUUGAUGUCGAUUCAAAAGAUAGGAACGGCAAGACACCCUUGAUAUUCGCUGUAGGGAAUGGCAAGGUUGAGGCGGUAAAUUAUUUGCUAGUCAAGGGAGCUGAUCCUUUUGUGAAAGGACGAUUUGGAGCCGAUUUACUGCACUUUGCUGCCCAUGGUGGUAAUGUCGGCAUCAUCGAGACAAUAAUUUCACGUGGUGUUGAUGUCGAUUCAAAAGAUGGUAACGGAAACACACCCUUGAUAGUGGCUGCACGCGGUGGCAAGUUUGAGGCGCUAAAUUAUUUGUUAGACAAGGGAGCUGAUCCCUUUGUGGAAGGACAGUUCGGAAGAAAUUCACUGCACUUUGCUUCAACGGGUGAUAACGUCGCCAUCAUCGAAACAAUAAUCUCAUGUGGUCUUGAUGUCGAAUCAAAAGAUGGUGAUGGCAACACACCCUUGAUAUUAGCUGUAAAGAAUGGCAAGGUUGAGGCGUUCAAUCAUCUGCUAGACAAGGGAGCCGAUCCCUUUGUGAAAGGACGAUUUGGAAGAAAUUUACUGCACUUCGCUUCAAUAAGUGGUAAUGUAGCCAUCAUCGAAAAAAUGCUAUUACUUGGCUUGAGUGUUCUAUCUGAAGAUAUGGACGGCCACACACCGUUAAAGAUCGCAAAACAAAAUGGUAAAACUGAGGCCGUAGACUUCUUACAAAGCAAGGGAGGUCGUUAGUUUUUAGAGGUGAGUCAUUUUCUGAAUGUGUUCGUGGGAUGCAUGUUUACGAAAGAUGAAUUAUGAAGUGGCGGUUAUUUUAUCUUAUGUAAUAAACGUAGUUUUCAUAAAGCUGAGUUGUUAAAAAAAGUUAA